CGACGCCGUGACUUAUAAUAAUAACAACUGCCCGGGUCGAAUCGUGGCUUGCUUGUUUCGGUGGCUUUCGGUCAGCACCCACCAUCCAGUCGAGGACGGACACUGCGAAUCCACGAACUACAAAACAAUCGCAAACAAGAAACAAGAAACAGAAAAAAACAAAAAAAGAUGCUCCAGACAAUAACCCCGCAUCACGACGCGCACCACACGCGCACAAUGUCCACCUCGCUCGUGGCCCUGACGGCCUCGAUGGGCGACGGCAAGCGCCACCUGCUGCUGGCCGCCUCGGGCUCCGUCGCCACCAUCAAGCUGCCCGAGAUCGUGGGCGCCCUGGCCGCCGCCCACGGGCCGGCCCGGCUCUCCAUCCGCAUCGUCCUGACCCGCGCCGCCGCCCACUUCCUGGCCGGCCAGGCGGCCGAGCAGCCGACCCUUUCGGCCGUCGCCGCCAUGCCGUGCGUCGACGCCGUCUACGGCGACGCCGACGAGUGGGGGCCGCGGCCGUGGCGGCGGGGAGGGGACAUUUUGCACAUUGAGCUGCGGAGGUGGGCCGACAUCAUGGUCAUCGCCCCCCUGAGCGCAAACACUCUCGCCAAGGUCGCAAACGGCCUGUGCGACAACCUCCUCACCAGCGUCGUGCGCGCCUGGGACACGGACGGCGCCGUCGACGGCCGCCCCAAGCGCAUCGUCGUGUGCCCGGCCAUGAACACGGCAAUGUGGCGCCACCCCAUCACUGCCCGCCAGGUCCGCACCCUCGAGCGCGAGUGGGGCGUGGCGACGACGACGACGGCGGCGGCGGCUGCUGCUGCUGCUGCUGCUGCUGCUGCUGCUGCUGCUGAUGGCGACGCGGAGGAGACGGGAGGAGACAGGGGAGAGGCCGAGGUGGCAAACGCCAACGGCGCGACGGCCGCGGCGGCCUCGCAAUCGACCACUGCUGGCGCUGGUGGUGGUGGGGGCUGGUUCGAGGUCAUGCACCCCCAGGCCAAGGUGCUGGCGUGCGGCGACAUGGGAGUCGGUGGCAUGGUCGACUGGAGGGAGAUUGUGCGCGUGAUAGAGGCGAGGCUGGGGCUGGGGGAGUGAAGAUGACGGACAGAACCGAGGGCCACAAGGCAAAAGAAGAAGAAAAAAGAUUGAAGAGGGGGAAACGGCCCCGGUUCAGAGUCCGGAUUUCCGAUGCCCCGAUACCAAGGUAGGAAGGACUCUGAGGGUUGGGGGCGCCUAAUAACACCAGACUGUAACAUUCAUAGCACAAUCUUGUUCACUGCAUCUCAACAUCACGUAUGGCUUCUUGGUCACGCCUUUGGUUGAUAGGGGUUCAUUCGGGCUCGACCG